GCUCCUUCCUCCUUUCCUCCCGCCCCGGCUCCCGCGGGCCGGCCGGGACCGUAGCCACGUCUGAAAGCCGCUCAUUGUGUGCGCCCCGGGCGGGCAGCGCAGAUCCUCUCGGCAGCGGAACUCCGGGCGCCUACCAAAUCUCUGGACCCCCGAGCGCGCCUCUGAGAGGCCCCUCCCCGGUGUCGGUGUCGCCGGGUGCCCGCUCGGGACCCUAAGGAACGGUUCAGCCCCAAGAAGAGGAGCUGGGCGUGGGGUGGAGCUUGGAGCAGGACGCUCGGCUGAGCCCCGCCGCGCCGGGUCCCGCGGAGACGCCAAGGUCCGGGUCUCAGGCAAACUGAGCUUCUUAUCAGAGACCCCCAGCGGGGACCUGCAAGGCGAAGGAUGUUUCAGUCUCCUUCCUAGUUCUUGAGUUCUGAUAACAAGAUCAAAGAACGGAUCGUGUAGCACACUCGGUGGACCCUCCAGGCAUCCCCCAUGGGUUUGUAACCAGCGUCGCUUGCCCAGCAGCUCUGGACAGCGGCCCGGCCGGCGGCAUGUGGCUGCCGCGCGUCUCCAGCACAGCCGUCACGGCACUGCUGCUGGCGCAGACCUUCCUGCUGCUCUUCCUGGUCUCGCGACCCCCGGGGCCGCGGCCGGCGGCGGGGGGCGAGCAGCGCGUGCACGUGCUCGUGCUGUCCUCGUGGCGCUCGGGCUCGUCCUUCGUGGGCCAGCUCUUCAGCCAGCACCCCGACGUCUUCUACCUGAUGGAGCCCGCGUGGCACGUGUGGGCCGCCCUGUCGCAGGGCAGCGCGCCGGCGCUGCACAUGGCCGUGCGCGACCUGGUGCGCUCCGUCUUCCUGUGCGACAUGGACGUGUUUGACGCCUACCUGCCCUGGCGCCGCAACCUGUCGGACCUCUUCCAGUGGGCGGUGAGCCGCGCGCUGUGCUCGCCGCCCGCCUGCAGCGCUUUCCCGCGCGGCGCCAUCAGCAGCGAGGCGGUGUGCAAGCCGCUGUGCGCGCGGCGGCCCUUCGGUCUGGCGCAGGAGGCCUGCCGCUCCUACAGCCACGUGGUGCUCAAGGAGGUGCGCUUCUUCAACCUGCAGGUGCUCUACCCGCUGCUCAGCGACCCCGCGCUCAACCUGCACAUCGUGCACCUGGUGCGCGACCCGCGCGCCGUGCUGCGCUCCCGGGAGCAGACGGCCAAGGCGCUGGCCCGGGACAACGGCAUCGUGCUGGGCACCAAUGGCACGUGGGUGGAGGCCGACCCGGGCCUGCGCGUGGUGCGCGAGGUGUGCCGCAGCCACGUGCGCAUCGCCGAGGCCGCCACGCGCAAGCCGCCGCCCUUCCUGCGCGACCGCUACCGCCUGGUGCGCUUCGAGGACCUGGCGCGGGAGCCGCUGGCGGAGAUCCGCGCGCUCUACGCCUUCACCGGCCUGAGGCUCACGCCGCAGCUCGAGGCCUGGAUCCACAACAUCACGCACGGGUCGGGCCCCGGCGCGCGCCGCGAGGCCUUCAAGACCACGUCCAGGGACGCGCUCAACGUCUCGCAGGCCUGGCGCCACGCACUUCCCUUCUCCAAGAUCCGCCGCGUGCAGGAGCUGUGCGCCGGCGCCCUGCAGCUGCUGGGCUACCGGCCCGUGUUCUCCGAGGAGGAGCAGCGAGACCUCACGCUGGACCUGGUGCUGCCGCGCGGCCCGAACAGCUUCAGCUGGGCGUCGUCCACCGCGGCACGCCCGGGGCCGUAGUGGAAGGGCUGGGAGGCCAGGGUCAGAGGGAGAGGAGGUCGGAACGCAGGGAAGCAGGCCGCUGGCAGGGGCCAGGACGGAGGCCAGGGGUCUCUCCUGUAGUAGGAAGUCCCCACACGCCAACUUUCUCCCGCCGGUAUUUGGCGUGGCUUUCAGAUUGUGUCGGAGCUGGGGGGCCGGCAGGUGAGCUCCUCACGGAAAGCGGACAGGAGACUAUAUCGGCACCUACUCAGUCGCCUCAUUUCCCGUAGACUGCACCCUUGGAAGGGGGGGUCCAGCCCUGGUGGGGAGCUGAGGGGCGCUGUGGAGUGCUGGCUUCUGAAGUUUGUAGGUCACACCUGCACACACCCUGGACUCUGUCCCCCCUGGCACCACACUCCAUCAAGGCCGUGGGCAGCUGUACUCACCCGUGUCCUCAGCGAGACACCAGACACGAUGCUUAGUGGCUUGUGGUCUCCCAUCAGCCUCUCUCUGCCUCCCCUCCUAGGAGCCCACUCACCCUCAACAUCCUGCCCAGGUAAAGUGAACCUUUGAGUUGUCCUGACUGGAAAGAGCCUAACUCUAAAAAUAAAAUGUAAUGGUUAACCUGAGCGGUACAAAUCACAGUAUACAAACUGUAAAGUUUUCUUUGUGUAAUUUUUUCAGAUUUAUGUUAUUUAAAAGGCAGAGUUGUAGAGAGAGGAGAGAGAGACAGAGACAGAGAAUAUGAAUCUUCCAUUCACUGGUUCACUCCCCAAAUGACUGCAAUGGCCAAAGCCAGGGGCCCAGAGCUUCUUCUGGGUCCCCCAAAGAGUGCAGGGGCCCAAGCACUUGCCCACCUUCCACUGCUUUCCCAGGCACAUUAACAGGGAGCUGGAUCGCCAGUGGAGCAGCAGGGUCUCCACCAGUGCCUAUAUGGGAUGCCAGCAUUCCAGGCAGAGGCUUAACACAGUGUCUCUCUAUUUGAGAGACAGAACAACAGAGGAGGGAGAAUUCUGUUCCAUUAGCUCACUCCCCCAAAUAUCUCCAGUGGCCUGUGGACCAAACCCAGGACAGAAGUCAAUCCAGGUCUCCCCCGUGGUUGGCAGGGACCCAACUACUCGAGCCAUCACUUCUGCCUCCCACCAGCAGGAAGCUGGAAUUAGGAGCAGAGCUGGGACUCAGGCAGGUCCUCUGAUAGGGGGAGGGGGCUUCUUAACCACAAGGCCAAACACCUGCUCCAGAAUGUGAAGUUUAGCAAGCCAAACUCCGGAGUGAAGGGCCGUGUCCAAGGUCACACCAUGGGAUGGAGAAGGAGGAAGAGGGAUUCUGCUCUGGGGCUGCCAUGGGAGAAGGUGCAUCAGGCUGGCAGAGACCUGGAUGGAGACCUCAGCAUGGAUGUGGCUUUAGGUUUCCGGGGCAAGGAGGAUGUGGCAUUUUCUUCUUUCCUUGAAGGGGGCGGAGGUACAGUGUCCUUGAAGCCAAAGCUUCGGGUGCCUCCCUUGACGACCUUGGGGUUCGAAAAGCUGGGUCUGUCCCUGCUGACAGCAGCUUGUGCAGGUAUUUAGAGCUCCAAAUUUAUUAAUGGGAACUCUGUGGCUUAGAAAUGGCCUUUAUCUGUUCAGACUGCUCUAACAAAACACCUUAGACUGCAUAAAUCAUAAGCAAUGGAAAUUGAUGAAAUUGAUUUCUCACACUUCUGGAAGCUGGAGAAUCCAAGACCAAGGCCCCAGCAGUGUCUGGUGAGAAGCUGCUUCCUCAUAGACGGUGCCUGCGAGCUCUGCCCUCACCAAGGGAGACGAGCAGGGCAGCUCUCCGGGCCGGUUUUACAAGGGCACUGAUCCCAUAGCACGAGGGCCUCACUCUCUGGAUGCAUCUAAUUACUCCCAAAGCCCUCACCCCCUAAUACCGUCAACCUUGUGGGGUUAGGAUUUCAACAUCCAAACUUUUGGGAGACAUUUAGACCACAGCAGAAAGGCUCGAGUCACCCAGUUUCAUGCACGCAUUAGGAUUUAAACUCACAUCGCUGACGCUAAUGGUCCCUACACAUGAACCACACUGGGGAUGAAGAUGCGCCACAGCGAAGGGCCCCACUGGAUCACUUGUCCCUGACGAUGACACGGGUUGCAAGGGAUCACAGAGUCGACCUGGCAUUUGGCUAUGAACAUCUCAAGAACCAGAUGUGAAGGGACAUGGCAGCCAUUGGCUGGGGCAUUUGGGCUCCUGCUGCUUGCACUUUCUUGCCUGCAUGCCCCUCCCCAGCCUACUCUAUGGUGGCCACCAGGGAUAAAAGCAAACAACCUGCUGGCCGCUCUUGGAAGGCGUUGACUGUCAAGUGCAAGCAUCAGCCAAGGGGCCCAGUCCAUGCAGCACAUUUAGCCAAAGAAGGAUGAGCGAGUGGUUCAUGAUGCCUGAGGCUAGGAUCGGGGGUGCUGCUCCCUGGUGGGAGCUUUGAUGAGGGCUCAGAGCCUGGCAAGGGCAUCCCACAGGUUUCAUUUGCUCCUACUUAGGUUACAGAUUGACCACAAUGAGUGGAUUCUCUGUUUACGUCUUUUGCUCUGUGACUCCCACCGUGCCAGGCAGGCAUGACUGGCCCCUUAAUUUGCUCAUGUGCAUGGGGCAGCCCUGGGCUCUGUGCACCUCGGGCACUACAGGCAAGCCUUGGGGAGCCCAGGCGGCUCUGCCUCACAUCCAGCACCCGGGACAAGCCUCAGGAUGAGUCUCCUGGCACACUGGACUCCAGGGAUCCCUGAGGUAGGACUCCGAUCAGGUUCAGGACAAAUUCAGGCUGGCCUGGCUGACUGGAAACCACAGUCAAGGCGGGGCUUGGGCAAGACAGAUACAAGACACAGGCCUUGUUGCUGUGCAAGGCUGCAGUCAUGACACGAAGGCCGUGUCGCUGACCACUGCUCGGUCCUGGUAGGGGCAGAACUUUCUGGGUUGGAGCGGGCAUGGCUGUGUUGAUGGCCACAACUGAUGGCUCUCUGUAGCUACCCUUUGCUGUUGACCCCAGCUGCAGCCAUCAGCAGUGGAGGCUGUGUCCCCACCUCUGGAGCUGGGCUGGACCUUAUGACUUGCUUUGGCCUGGAGAACAUAGCUCAGGGGCCUGUGGCAGCUUCUCUGGGCUAGGUCUUGUAGGGAAGGCAACAGUCUCCUUGUACCCACCUUAGGGUUUCAACCUGUGCUCUUUAACCAGAUGGCCGGAGAGAGCAAGCUGGCGAUGGCAGCAGUAAGACCUCCUGGGAAGCGGCAGUGACAAGGAACUCAAAGUCGUGGUUUUGCACGCCAGCUUACACAGCAUCUUUGAGGAGAACAAUACGUUUACAGAGAAAGGAGCGGGCAGAGCAAAGUGGUUUUAGGCUUUUAAGGGUGGGAAGCCGUGCAAGGUGAAUCUAUGAGAGGACAUUAGCGGAGAAAGGCUUGUCCGCAGAUUCCCCUGGGGUCAUCUCUGGGGCUGAUGAGAUUUAGCCAUGCCUGCAGCAAAGGAGAAUUUAUAUCCUACCUCUAGACAGAGAGGGAGAGGGCGGAGACAGCUUUCCUGGCGUUGGCGACUUCCUAAUCGCCUUCGGUGGAACAUGACGUUUAUGUCAAAGAGGCCCAUUUUGGGAUGACACCAAUCUGAUUUCCUGCAACCUCAAGAGAGGCUGCACGCUUGUCCAUCUCCUGGGACCCCUGCCUGUGAUAGGGAAACAAGCACAACAACUGUUUCAUCAAGCUGUCCCAUCAUGGCUGACCCCGACCAGCCAGCCUCUCGCCAGCCCGUAGACCAAUGGGCACCUGCCACUUCUGCCAUGUUCUCCUGGCCAAAGCAAGUCACAGGGGCAGCCCGGACUCAGAGAAGGAGAAAUGGCCUCCAGCUCGUGAGAGGAGGUGCAGCGCUUUGUUUUUCUAAAGAAUCAGCUCUGCUUCGUGUGUUUUAUUUUGUUGUCCAUUCUUCCACAGACUUAGUUUCCGCUUUGUAGAGGAUAGAUGUUCCAGCCUCCACUGACAUCACUACCUAAUAUUGAAAUCAACCAAUACCAUACCUAGAAAGACAAGGAAGUCUCAUGAAUAACACAUAUUUUAAGACAAAAAAAGUAAUGUGUUUCUUAACUCCCAGAACAUAAUAUAUCAGUAGAAUUUUAAAAACGAAAUUAAAAGAAACAGGUAGGGACCAGCGCUGUGGCGUAGCGGGUAAAGCCGCCGCCUUCAGUACCGGCGUCCCAUAUGGGUGCCAGUUUGAGUUCCAGCUGCUCCACUUCUGAUCCAGCUCUCUGCUAUGGCCUGGGAAAGCAGUGGAAGAUGGCCCAAGUCCUUGAGCCCCUGCACCCGCAUGAGAGACGUGGAAGAAACUCCUGGCCUUCAGAUCGGCACAGCUCUGGCCAUUGCACUGGGGAGUGAACCAGUGGAUGGAAGACCUCUCUCUCUCUCUCUCUGCCUCUGGCUGGCUCUCUGUAGCUCUGCCUUUCAAACAAAUAAAUAAAUCUUUUAAAAAACAAACAAAAAAGCAACAACUAAAAAUCAUUUUAGCCACAAUAUUCUGCUUACCUCAAUAUUAUGAUUUUAACAUGUAAUCAAUAUAAGAAAUUAAUGAUACAUCUUAGUCUUCAAAAUCCAGUGAGUGUGCCACACUGACAGCAGGUCUCCAUUCAGACCAGCCUUAUUUCUGGCACUCAGUGGCCACACGUGGCUGGUGACUGUAUUGGACAGUGCAGGGUUGACACUCCAUUCUUGUUCCUUUCUUAAAACAUUUUUAUUUGUUUAUUUAAGAGGCAGAGAGACAGAGUUCCCGUCCUCUGAUGACUCCCCAAAUGCCCAUGAUGGACCCUAGCUGAGCCCCAAGCCAGGAGCCAGAAACUCAAUCCGGGUCUUUCAAGUGGGUGGCAGGAGCCAGAUUAUUGAGUCAUCACCUGGAGCACCCCAGAGUCUACACUAGCAGCUCCAGGAAGCUGGUGUUAGGAACUGGAGCCUGGAGUCGCACCCGACACUCUGGUGUGGGACGUACAUAACUUAACUGCUGGGCCAAAUGCUCGCCCCCUGUCAUUGCAUUUUUAAACCCUCCUUGCCUUAGGAUAUUUCUAUAUCCAAAUCUCACUAGAGUGGACUACUGGAGAGAAGCUCUCCACUUUAUGUCUCCACACUUUGGAAGCACAAAGAACCCACAGAAGUUUUGCCCGUGCGAUUGCUUCUAUGCCUUCAAAUUCCCAGCCGCUCUCAGCCUGUGUGAGAAGGAAGUCAGACUUAAAGACUUCCCAUCACAUAGCCCAGAGCACAUGCUGUGUGGGCAGAACUUGUCUUCUCUCUCGGUUACCGACAUUCAGAUAACAUUGACCACUUCUCCGCGUUUGUUUCUCGUGCAUGGAUCCAUGAGAAUCUUAGCACAGCUCAGGGAAGAAUUGUUCCUCCCGAUUUAAGAGAUCAGUUGUGAGUUUCCAUGUGUCAGCCCAGUGCCAGCCCCCAGGGACACAGUCGGGGACAUGGCUACUGUGGGAGACCCUAAAUCAAUCAUCCCACAGAUAAGCAUGCAGCUGGUUAGUGUUGAAUGAGCCUUCAGAAAACAAGGGCGAUGGCGGAGGGCAACCCACUGUAUUUAAGGGAGGCAAGCAAGCUCUCUCUGCGGGGAAACCAUUGGUUUGAACAAAUGACGAUGAACGAGAGUUAAUCAAGCGCAGGACAAAGAAGCAGAGGCAGAGAACAGCAGUAACGGGGUCUGGACUCGGGAAGCCCGCACUCUCCUUUAGAACAGAAAGGCUUCUUGGCAAAGCAAAAGGCUUGAUGCUGGGAGUCAAGGCUCAUGUGUUAGAAAAAGACCCGAGGAGGUGACCCAGUUGGUCUGUAAAAUUCCUAAAAGUAGAAUUGCUGGGCUGAAGAGUUUCCAUGUUCCAGAUAGGAACCUGCCAAAGCACUCUCAAGCCAGGAGAACUCUCUGGGACAGGGUCAGGAACGCUUUCACCCGCUCUUGCCAAAUGUUCCCCUGCCAGUAUCACCUGCACGUGCCUAAAUCGAUGGCUUUCAUUUUUACUUAGCUUUUGAGUGAAGAGUGUUAUUUUCCUUUUCCUAAAUUUGCAUUUAUUCAAUUCCUAGGGCAGUUGGGCAUCUUUUCAUGUUUAUUAAUCACCUGCAUUCCUUUCUCUUUAUUCAAGGACGUUGGCCAUUUUUCUGUUAAGUUACUGAUCCCUUUUUUGAUUAUGCUUUACUAUUUUAGUUUCUCUACUCUCAUUUGUUUUUGAACCCACUGUAGGGUGUUUUCUCUGUAAAACUUCUUUUUUUAAAAAAUUGUAUUUAUUGAAAUGUAACUGAUAGAUGAUAUCCACAUAUAUUUAGUGUGUAGAAUUUAAUUCAUUUGGGUAUAUGCAUACACCUGUAAAAUCGGGUCACACAAUCAUCCCCAAAGGUUUUGCCCUAA